AUGGCCGUCGCGCCUCUCUCCUUUCCUCUCACGGCCGCCACCUGCCGUUCAGGUUGUGCGGCCCCUGAGGCCCCGCUCUUCUUUCCGGUGCGUCGCCGACGGAGGUUUCUCCGCUCCCGAUCCCCUUCCUGCAUCCCCGCCGUGAGGGCUCUCAGGGAAUGGCGCGAGUACGAAGACGCCGUCAAGGAGAAAGACCUCGCGCGGGCGCUGCGCUUCUUGAAAUCCUCGGAGACCCUCCCGCUCCAGCCCUUCCCUCGUUCCGAGUCUGAAUCCUCGCCCUCGUCUCCAUCGGUGUCCUAUCCGCCUGACCUGCUGGUGUGGCCCGAGAAGGACUGGGAGGUGCUGGACACCUGCCUGAAUGCAGACGACAUGAGACUCGUCGGCAUGGCCUACUCCCUCCUGCAGGACCGGGGACUGCUAGCCAAUUUUGGAAAGUGCAAGACCAUCGGUACUGGAUUACGAGCUUCAUGAGUAUAUGGUUCUUUGUUGAGAUCCCAAUGUAUUUGAUGAUAUGGGUUCAUCACUCUUGCUCUUACCUACUUUUCAAAAGCCAUCUGAUGCUGCCUGAGACAAGCUUCAUGAAAAUUCAAGCUUAAAUGCUUUAAUUGGGACUUCACACUGAGAUAGGCAGUUCGGUUGUAGAAAAAUUACAUAUCCUCUAUUAGUCAAAGGAAGUCAGUGUCAAGCUUUUGGGCCUCGAAUUAGUCAAAUGAUAGUUGUGCAAUGUUUCCAUAAAAGUACUAUGUUUGCGAAGAGCUCUGAGUCUCUUGUCCUUCAGACUAUGAGAAAGGAUAAUGGAAAAGAUACCAGAAUGACAUCUUCAGUUUAUUAUGUCAUGUUUCUGGUGUUAUAUUCUCGAAUGGGAGCCACAGACAGCGAGGGAAUGUGUUUCUUCGAAUUUAUGUGGUUCUAGUGAAUUGGAUUACAAUGAUUUUCUCUUAUUUUCGAUCAUUUUCUUCCUUUUCUUCCUUUUCUUUUCUCCAUACAAUCUUAGAUUAGGUUUCUUGGCAAUUGUUUAGGUGUUGGCCGGCAGUUUUUUUCUGGUUCCGUUUAUAACACAAUUUAACAAAUAUUUUUGAAUAUGCUGUCUCAAAAUUUGUUGAAUGUCGCUUGUAUUUAUUAGCUUUCUCAAUUUGAACUAGUUUUGAUUUCUAGUUUAAAUUUUUUACCUAAAUUUCCUUUUUAAUGUUUGCAGUUUUGGAAGGACCUAGGGAAGUCACUCCAACUGCAUUGAAAGAGUCGACUGGAUUGGAAGGUUAAUUUCCUGAUUUGGUUUCCAAGGGAAAUAAUUUGCUUGGGUUCUUUAUUAGAAAAUAUACUGGUCAGUAUGCAGUAGUUCUUAAUUCAAUACAGUGACCUCAUCUGUCUGAACUCUUUUCAUCAAUCUUAUUCAUCAUCUCCCGAGUCCAUCGUGCUAAGCUAUCCAUUUCUUCGUGCAGCCUAUAAAUUUGCGCCAAAGAAGUGGGGUCUUUCUGGGAGCUCAAGAACAUUGUUGAUUGCUUCCCUUGCAGGGACGUCUUUUCUGGUAUACCAAGGGAUUGAUAUAAGGCCUAACCUGGCAGCUGUUUUGGCUUUGGUGGGGUUGGAUGCAAUUUUUCUUGGUGGUAGCUGCCUUGCACAGAUUUUCUGUUUUUGGCCUCCAUACAGACGUAGAGUCCUAGUUCAUGAAGCUGGACAUCUGCUUGCUGGUAAUUCACUAAAGAUAGUGUUUUCUCUGUGUGAAUACAUGCAUCAUCAUGAUCUGUUAUUCCCUACUAGGGCUGUCGUGUUGAUUUUUAUGCAAUUUCCCAAAGCUGAAAUUGGGGACUUAUUUUCAGUUGUCCAUUUUCCUAUCUGUGACUUGCACUACUUACCGUUGCACUAUCUCACAAACAUGCAGCAUACCUUAUGGGUUGUCCUGUUAGAGGGGUUAUUUUGGAUCCAAUCGUGGCAAUGCAAAUGGGUAUCCAAGGGCAGGUACAUAUGAUGUCUCGUAUAGAUUAUUUCACAAUGCAUUUAUCUAUCUUUUUAUCAGUAACACCCAGUGUAUGGUUUGGUUUUUGUUUUCUGCCUAGAAGAUUCUUCUGCGUACCCAUUCAAAACUAUUUAAGUUAUUUCCUACUUGUAACUCAUAUUAUAUGUGAGAAAAGAGUUGCGAUCUAUUUACUGAUUAUGUAUGCUCGUCGUGGAUUAUCUCCCAUCCCUUAUAGAGAAACUUUUCCCGUGAUUUUUCAUUUUCUGUUUAUAUUUCCUUGUGAAAAUGUUCCAUGUCAUUUUUCAUUCUUUUAGUUCUUUGCUGCUAAUAAUAUAUUUCCCGUGAUAGACCAUUGUCUAAAUUUUUUUAUCACAACGAAUUCUCUAAUCUAUUGAACUGACCACUUUACACAUUAAAUCAAAAUAUGAUUCACAUUGUUUAAAGAAAUGUUGCUCUUCACUGGUUGAUCAAGAAAUUAUUUUUCUUGAGAAAACUUAAUAUUCAAAUAAAAUAGCAUGUGAUUAUGUUGGGCUACCAUGAAGAAGCUGCUCCCCUUUAUGAUAAGCAUUUUCAUGUUGAGAUUCAUGCACUGAUUAAAUAUAUGAACCCGAUGAUUAUCUGAUUCCUGUUCUCAUAAUGUAUGUUUUAUUUCUCUCCCAGAUUCUUUCUGAAAUUCUGGUUAACUUCAUUAUCGAUCAUAACAUGCAUAAAAUUUUCCUCAUCUAAUUUUGGUUGCAUGUCUCUUGGUGCAUGUUGCAUCCAUUCUGCAAAGGGAGUCUCACCUAAGUUCAAAGAUUAUGUUUACUUAUCCAUGCAUUCAGGAAUGAAUCCAAAUUCUCUCAUGUUCUGCAGGCUGGUACUCAGUUCUGGGAUGAAAAAUUAGAAAAUGAACUUGCCGAAGGACGCCUUAGUGGAACUGCUUUCGACAGGUACCCUACAUUGUUGAUCAACAUCAUCUUUUAUGCAUCAAACUCUGUUGUUUAUUGGUGCAAAAUGGAUAACAACGUCCUUUUUUUUUUCUCUCCUUUUUUUUUAAUUUUGCAUUCUAAACUGUCUUUUGAUAAUAAUGAUUACCUCCAUUUUUUCCGUUCUCCUAGAGAGAUAUCUAAAAAGCCAUCUACAAACUUCUACAUCCAGGUACUGCAUGGUACUUUUUGCAGGAAUCGCAGCUGAGGCUCUUGUUUAUGGAGAGGCAGAAGGCGGAGAAAACGAUGAGAACUUGUUCAGGAGUGUCUGCGUUCUUCUGCAACCUCCCAUGUCCCUCGCACAGGUUCCUAUCAAAUCCUAAUCAUGGCAUCUAAUCAUUUUAUCAUCGUCUCAGUCUUGAAUUGCUGUUUCUCAAAGCUCUCUUCCCAACAGAUGGCAAACCAGGCACGAUGGUCUCUUCUGCAGUCGUACAAUCUUCUGAAGUGGCAUAGACAGGCGCACGCGGCUGCAGUAAAGGCUCUAGAGAGUGGCUACAGUCUGAGUACUGUCAUCCGAAGGAUAGAAGACGCAAUGCCAUCUAAGAUGAGGUGA